UUAUAAUAUUUAGUACACAUAGUUUUAUUCAUCCUACACAUACGUUAUGUUAUACCUGUAUGUUAUGGUUUAACCUCAACAACAGCCAAGCCCCACUCGGCUACUCUCUCAUUCCCCACCAGCAGGACUGGGGAGAGAAUCUGCAGAGUAAAAGCCAAAGAACUUGUUGGUUGAGAUAAUUACAGUUUAAUAGGGAAAUAAAAAAACAAGCACACAAACAAAGCUAAACAAGGAAUCCUUUCACUGCUUCACAUGGGCAGGUAGGUGCUCCACCAUCUCCAGGAGAGAAGGGCGCCAUCAGUGCUUACUUGGGGACACAAACACCAUCACUCUGAAUGUCUCCCCCUGCUCCUUCAUCCCCUUGCUUUAUGUACUUGACAUGGUGUAGUAUGGUCUGGAAUAUCCCUUGGGUCAAUCGGGGUCAAGUGUCCCAGCCUGAAUUUCCUUACAGCUUCACAUGCACCCUCAGAAAAUGCCUUGGCUCCAUGUAAUCUAUAUUAAUUAUAAUCUCUGUGUUGUCAGUUCUGUUCAGCACAAUCCCAAAACACAUCCCCAUACCAGCCACUGGGAAGAAAAUUAACUCUCCCUAGCCAAAACCAGCACACUAUAGUAUAAUACUUUUCCCAGCACUUGGAGAUGAAUGAUGAAGUAAGCAAAAAAACAUAUAAUUGCCUCAUGAUGCAUUUGCAGUCUUUCUUGUCUUUAUUUUUUCAUGUAUAAUUUAACACCAAACUUCUUAAUUUAUUCACAGGUAAUUGUAACAGAUAUUUUUAAGUGGUUUAACUUCCCAUCUGCUAUCCUGAGAUUUUAAUUACAUCUGUAUUUUUCAGUCGACGAUAUUUACCAGUUUAUUGAAAGGAUAAUGCAGUAUCCAUAUCCAUUUUAGCCCAUGCUUCCCUGAUGAUGCUGAAACUAAAUGUGAGUCACAGUGUUUGUCUGUCUUGAGAGACUCAUUGUUCUGACAGGUUGGUAUUGAGACUAGGAAACUCAGAUCACAUAGAUGGUGGAGCAGCUACACGUUGUUGUGGUUUGACACUGGCCAAAUUUCAGGCACCCACAAAAGCCCCUUGCUCACCCUCCCCUGCCGCUGCUGAGCAGAGGGGAGAAAAAUUAAUGAAGGGUUCAUCAGCUGAGAUAAGGAUUGAGAGAAAAAAAAUUCCAAGAGCAAAGCAGGCUCAACUUAAAGGUACCAAGUGAAUUUAUUGCUAACUAAAUCAGAGAAGGAUAAUGACAAGUAAAAUAAGCUCUUAAAGACAUCCUUUCUUUCCCCAGGCCCUCCCUUCUUCCCACCAACAGUGCAGGGCGACAGGGCACGGUGGUUUGGUCAGUUUGCCACUGCAGGUUUUCUUCCCCUGCACAGGAGAGGAGUCCCCUGCUACACCAUGGGGUCCCUCCCAUGGGAGACAGUUCUCCAUGAACCUUUCCAGAGUGGGUCCACUCUCACGAGCAGGAGUUCUCCCAAAAUUCCUGCAACAUAAGUCCAUCCCACAGACACACAGUCUUCCUAAAGCUGCUGUGGUGCAUGUCACUCUUCCACUGAGUGCAGUCCUCCAAGGACAGGCUGCUCCAGCCUGGAAGCAGGGACCCCCUCUAUCCACCAGGUCUCCCACUGGAUCACAGCCUCCUCCAGGCAUCCACCUUCUCCAGCGUGAGCACCUCCCCCACGGGCUGCGGGAGGAACUCUGCAUCCCCCGUGGAUCCCCAAGGGCUGCAGGGGCACGGCUGUUCCACCAUGAUCUCACCAUGGCCCGCAGAGGAAUCUCGGCUCUGCCACCUGGAGCAUCUCCUCCCCUCCUUCUCCACCAACCUAAGUGUCUCCGUUGUUUCCCUUACAUGUUCUCACCUCCUCCUCCUCUUGUCUGACUAGAAAAAACCUGUGCACUUUGUUUUGAUUUCCUUCUUAAAUAUGUUAUCAGAGAGGUGUUACCAGCCCCUCUCAUUGACCCAGCUUUGGCCAGCAGCAUGUCCAUCUUCAGAGCAUCAGGGAUUGGCUCUGCCAGCAAUGCUGGAAGCUUCCAGCAUCUUCUCACAGAAGCUGCCUCUGUGGCACUCUAACUACCAAAAACCAGAGGGUGCAAAACCAAUACACAGGCAUAAAAAAGAAACAAGUUUUCAUAGAUGGUGGAACAGCUACAGGCAUAAAAGAGAAACAAGUUUGAUACUAUUGUACUACUUGUAAUUCUUUGAUCAAGAUUCUCAGUGAUACUAUGUGCCCUUAUAAAAAAGCCACAACACCCCGAAAGUAAAGCCUUUCCUUAAUGGGCAAGUAUUAAUUUACUUGAAACCAUGAUUUUCAUGUGUAACAGGCAGUAAUAAUAUGAAUAUGUUUUAACAAUUUGUAAAAUUUUGUUCGCAGAGGCAGUACAUCAGUAGUGUUUUUCUUGAUUGCUCAUAGACCGUGGUUAUGGUCAGGGAAUUCUUUGGCAGUGUCAUUCGAGGUGACUGAAUUGGUGCUGUGUUUCUCAUACAGUUUAUGAGACCAUGCAAUUCUCUGCAGUUUGCAUAGUUAAUAUUUGAGCUGAAAUCUCAAAGGGCAAGUAAUUUGAAAAAUUUCAGCGGCAUUGCAGGAAGUUCUUCUGUAUAUUCUUAUGUCUGUAUCUAUUUACAUGAAUGACUGUAUAACUACAAAAAAUCUGAUAAUCUUGGAAUGCUACUUCCUGUUACUGGGUGUCUUGACUUAAAUAUUUAUGGUUUUGCGUGUGCAGUUUGUAUUUUUUGUUUGUUUUCUUUUUUCCUCCUUGACUGUCAGAAUUUCUGAGUUAGAGGUUGUGAACCAAAAUUAUUGCUGUUUUUCUUUAUUCCCCUGGAGAAUGUCACCUGCCUAUACACAUUCUGGGGUAGGACAGGUAAUGACACAGAAUUGCUCUGUGGAAACAGUAAGUAAUGUCGAUGAAUUAGUAGCUGGUACUUUCAGCUACUUUUCCUACUUUGCUUUGUCUAUUUCUUGAUUAAACAAUAGAUGUCCCUGUUUAGUUUAUACAUUUAUUAUAUUACAGACUGUGGGGAACAGCUUGUUAAGUCAGUAUAGAAAGGCAGAGGUUGUCUGGAUCCUAGGUUUCUUAUGAAACUGGUUUUUUUUUAGGUCAGCACAAUCUCUGUUGAGGAUUUGAUAGUUGCUGUAGCCAUGCAGUCAGGAAGAUUUCUAUGAUAAUAUCUCCUAAACAGCACAGCUGAAGAAGUGUAUUGCUGCAGUACGGAAAUGUGGUAGUACAGCUUUUAUUCCUUUUUACCUUUCAUUUUCACUGGCAUAAUGCACGGUGAAACCUAAUGUGAAACUUGGAAGCAUAUCAGAAAAGGACACUACCUGUGGAAGGAAUAAGAGCUAUCAGAUAUGUGGAACUCUUCUAAGGAAGAGAAAAGAAGCUGAUCCAUUCCAAUGAAUUUGUUAAAUUAGGCUUUUUAGUUUUCAGCCUACGCUGGUGGCUGCAGCUGAGCCAUUUAGGCUCUGCUGGCUGUGAACAAUGGAGUUGCAGAUUUUUUUUCCUUUUAAAAAAAAAAAAAUUAAACCGAUGCUUGGUAUUUGUGAUAAUUUUGGCCCCUCCUACUGUGCCAAUUGAAACCACUCCCUACAUAACCAAAACAAAUCAUUCCCCAUGAUUCUGAAGAUAUUUUACAUUUCAGUACAUGCUUUUGUGUACUGAACUACAUUUUGUAGAUAGUACAUUUUUAAAAAAUGAAAGUACUUUUUUAGGAGACAGAUAAGAAUGACUCAAACAGCACCUCAUUUUCGGAGCUCAGAAGCACAGCAAAAUCAAUCUUGAAGCACUAACCUGCUUAAAUUUUAAAUACUGGAAUACAUAAUCUAAUAAUUGCUUUAGUAUUGAAUUCUGUUUUCUAUUAGAAAAUCCAAUAGGUAGAACAUUUAAACUGCUGUUAAAUGUAUUUCAAAUUACAUAUUUAUGAAUUUAAAACUUAUUAAUCUCAAAUCAUACCACAGACUUCAGAUCUGAUCUUUGAGUAGCUUGUUGUACUGUUGAGUAAAUUUUAGCACAGGAUUUAUUGUACUUAUAUGUGUUCAGGUUCUGUAUUUUUUAUUUCAACUGUGCCUUCUUUCAUGGCUUGGAUGACUUAUAUUUCCCACUGGUUUGACGAAGAUGAUUGGUACGAAGGACAACAAAGAGCAAAAAUGUCACAUGUGAAACAAGUGGGACUUUUAGCUGCUGGAUGUCAGCCAUGGAACAAGGAUAUAUGUGCCGCUAGUGGGGACAGAUUUGCCUACUGUGCUACCCUUGCUGUUUAUAUUUAUCAGCUGGAUCACCGAUACAAUGAAUUCAAGCUCCAUGCAAUUAUGUCUGAGCACAAGAAGACAAUCACAGCCAUAUCUUGGUGUCCCCACAACCCUGACGUGUUUGCAAGUGCCAGUGCAGAUAGUUUAGUGAUCAUAUGGAAUGUGAAUGAACAGAAGGUUGUGGCCAAGCUGGACAAUACAAAAGGAAUUCCUGCAUCCCUUGGCUGGUGCUGGAAUGCAGGUGAUGCAGUUGCGUUUGUGUCGCACAGAGGUCCACUGUACAUUUGGACUAUCUCAGGACCUGACAGCGGGGUAACUGUGCAUAGAGAAGCACAUAGUUUCUUGUCAGAUAUCAGUCUGUUCAGAUGGCAUCCAAAGAAAAAAGGAAAGGUGGUAUUUGGGCAUACUGAUGGAAGCCUGUCUAUUUUUCAACCAGGUUCUAAAAAUCAGAAACAUGUCUUAAGACCAGAGUCUCUUGAAGGAACGGAUGAAGAGGAUCCAGUUACAGCUCUGGAGUGGGACCCUUUGUCAACUGAUUACCUUCUUGUUGCUAAUUUACAUAAUGGUAUUCGACUAGUUGAUUCUGAAUCUCUGUCCUGUAUCACAACGUUUAGUUUUCCCAGUGCAGCAGCAUCUGUUCAGUGUUUAGCCUGGGUUUCUAGUGCACCUGGAAUGUUUAUAACUGGAGAUUCUCAGGUUGGUGUGUUACGUGUUUGGAAUGUUUCACGUACAACACCUAUAGAUAAUUUUAAAUUGAAGCAAACUGGUUUCCAUGGCUUGCAUGUGCUAAGUUCUCCUCCAAAAAAAAAGUCAUGUUCAUCACAGUAUCCUACUAAAAAUCACCAUACAUCUUCAACAAGUGAGGCUGUUCCUCCUCCAACUUUAACCCAAAACCAAGCAUUUUCUCUUCCUCCUGGUCAUACCGUCUGUUGCUUCAUGGAUGGUGGAGUGGGGCUUUAUGACAUGGGAGCCAAAAAGUGGGAUUUCCUUAGAGAUUUGGGACAUGUUGAGACCAUCUUUGAUUGCAAAUUCAAACCUGAUAACCCUGAUCUUCUUGCUACAGCUUCAUUUGAUGGCACAAUAAAAGUUUGGGACAUAAAUACUUUAUCAGCGGUUUAUACAUCUCCUGGUAAUGAGGGGGUUAUUUAUUCCAUUUCUUGGGCUCCAGGAAAUCUUAACUGCAUAGCAGGUGGAACAUCCAGAAAUGGUGGCUUUAUCUGGGAUGUUCGAAAAGGCAAAAUGAUAACCAGAUUCAGUGAGCAUGGAAAGAAUGGAAUCUUCUGCAUUGCCUGGAGUCAUAAAGAUUCCAAAAGAAUAGCAACCUGCAGCAGUGAUGGAUUUUGUAUUAUUCGAACCAUUGAUGGCAAUGUUCUUCACAAGUACAAACAUCCAGCUGCAGUGUUUGGCUGUGAUUGGAGUCAAAACAACAAAGAUAUGAUAGCUACCGGUUGUGAGGAUAAAAAUGUUCGUGUUUACUACUUGGCAACCAGCUCUGAUCAACCAUUGAAAGUUUUUACUGGGCAUACUGCAAAGGUGUUUCAUGUGCGGUGGUCUCCUCUCAGAGAAGGAAUCCUCUGCAGUGGCUCUGAUGAUGGAACCGUUCGGAUAUGGGAUUAUACACAAGAUGCUUGUAUAAAUGUUCUUAGUGGACAUACAGCUCCGGUUCGGGGACUGAUGUGGAAUCCUGAAAUUCCUUACCUUCUAAUAUCUGGCAGUUGGGACUAUACAAUUCGAGUUUGGGACACAAGAGAUGGAACAUGUUUGGAUACAGUUUAUGAUCAUGGUGCAGAUGUAUAUGGAUUAACGUGUCAUCCUAGUCGUCCAUUUACUAUGGCAUCUUGCUCUCGUGAUUCCACUGUGAGACUCUGGUCAUUGACACCUCUUAUAAACCCUCUACAAAUAAAUAUCAUAACAGACAGAUGCUGGGAUGAUAUUAUUGGCAAUACAGAUCGUGCCGUGGAGUCUGGAGCUCCUCCUUUGCUGUGUGGAAAAGUUUCCAGGGAUAUUAAACAAGAAUUGGAAAAAUUGUCAGGAAGUCCUCAAGGAAAAAAACUAAGGUGGUUUUCAGAAUUUUUUUCACCUCCAGGAGGCAGCAAAAAUUUAUGGGAUUUGGUUGCUGUAAUAAAGGGACAGGAUGACAGUUUGCUUCCACAAAACUACUGCAAAGGAAUCAUGCAUAUGAAACACCUCAUUAGAUUUAGACUGUCCAAGGCACAAGAACUGACAACAGUAAAGAUGUCUAAAUUUGGAGGUGGUAUUGGUGCACCAAGCAAAGAGGAAAGACUCAAAGAAGCUGCAGAAAUACAUUUAAGAUUAGGACAAAUUCAGCGAUAUUGUGAGCUAAUGGUAGAACUUGGAGAGUGGGACAAAGCUCUCUCAGUUGCACCUGGUGUAUCAAUGAAAUAUUGGAGGAAGUUAAUGCAAAGGAGAGCUGAUCAGUUAAUUCAGGAAGAAAAUGAUGAUGUCAUCCCAUAUUGUAUAGCUAUUGGAGAUGUGAAGAAACUGGUUUCUUUCUUUACUUCAAGAGGUCAGCUUAAAGAGGCUCUACUUGUUGCACAGGCAGCUUGUGAAGGAAAUAUACAGAUGUUACCACUCUCCACAACAAGUGGAACUUCAAAUUCUGGUGGAAAUAAUACGGAUGAUUAUAAUGAUCUCCUGCAGAAAGUCAGUAAAGAACUGGCAGAUUGGUAUUUCCAGGAUGGCCAUGCAGUGCUUGCAGCAUGUUGUCAUUUGGCUGUUGAAAAUAUAGAGCUUGCGAUGGCAAACCUGAUUCGUGGAAAUGAACUGGAGCUGGCAAUCAGUGUGGGUACUGUCUUGGGAGAAAGUGCAGCACAAGCAACACAUUAUGCACUAGAAUUACUAGCAAGAAAAUGUAUGGCAGUAAUAACAUGGGAUUUAGCAAUUGAUCUUCUUAUGAUGAUCCCUGAUAAUAAACUGCAGUUAGUAAAACUAUGUGCUUUUUAUCCUGGAUGCACAGCAGAAAUAAAUGACCUGCAUGAAAAGUGUAAUCUUCCUGAUGUGGAAGAAUGUAUGCGAAUGGCAGAGACAAUUCAGGCAGAUGGGGAUGUAUUUGAAACAAUAAAGUACUAUCUGUUAAGCACAGAACCUGAAAAGGCUCUCCCUGUUGGCAUUCAGUAUGUGAAAGAACAACUUUGUGGCUCAGAUUGGACUUUAGAUUCAGUCUUUCCAUAUCUUGAUCUUUUAAGUUACAUACGGACUGAACAGUUAAUGUUGCCUAAGUGUAGUGAGUUUCGGAAUGAGUUGCUGAUUUUGUGUGGUUAUGUUGGUGCUUUACUUGCUAUCAGAAGACAGUACAACAGCAUUGUACCCGCACUGUAUGAGUAUACAAGUCAGCUUUUAAAAAGACGGGAUGUAUCUGUACCUUUGAAAAUUGAACACCUUUCUGAGGAAUUAGAUGCAUGGAGAGCUUGCACACAAUCAAACAAGCCUACAGAUGAGUUGCCAUGCACCCCGCCCUCCGAAUCGCAGAGAGCGUUGUAUUCAGUACUCGUCUCGCGAAUUCAGGGGGAGCCUCUGAAAGGAAUGGUUGGGCCAGACUGUGUCACUGGAUCAAAUCUUCCCAGUCACUCAGAUGUUCAUAUCUCUUGUUUGACAGGGCUAAAGAUCCAGGGUCCUGUGUUCUUCCUUGAAGAUGGAAAAUCUGCUAUUUCACUGAAUGAUGCUUUGAUGUGGGCCAAAGUGAAUCCUUUUUCACCAUUAGGAACAGGAAUACGACUUAACCCAUUUUGAUGAGGUGUUUCCUCUGUACUUUACAGUGCUUAAAAUAACACUCUGGGAGUCAAUGCUGAUUUAACCUUGAUUGCCAAAGGAUGGAGAGGUCAAUUACUUGAACUUUGAAAAUUUUAAAAUGAGAAGAAAAGGAUUUCUAUACAAAUGUUUGUUCAGGAUCCAAAGAAAAAAAAUAUUUGAUAAUCCAAAGAAAAAGUCCUAAUUUCAUAUAUAGCCAUGUCAUUUUUUUUAGUAGGAAUAUUGUUUUCAGACAAUUAUUUUUGUCAACUCUGUGUGAAUAGAUGCUUUGUAAAGUAAGCAACUAUCUACAUAUUACUAAAAUAUUGAUAAUAAACUGUGAAACCCAUAAAUACUCUUCCAAAUAUAUAAUCAUAGAAUAACUUUAUUGACAGCAACUCCAAACUUUUUUAGAAUGACUGGAAUAUUUUGGCUGUUUCACACUGUUCCCCUUUUUAAUUUGAACUAAUUUUGACACACAGGGUUGUAUAGCAAAAGUAAAAUUUAAAGAGUAGGUGUUUUUUUCAUCCACUUGUUAUUGUGCUUUAAUAGCAGUACAAAUAGAAGGUCACUUAUGUUUUAUUUAGAUUAUCUACAUUUUGUUUAGGUUUUCUAUUUUUUAUUUAUUUGUUUAGAUUAUCUAGAUUACAAAAUUGUAUUUUCUAAUAGAAUCAUAUUUGGCAGCAUUCCCUGUUAUACUUUCACCGGAGGCUAAAACUCUUUAUAAAUUUUUUUUUUGGUUUUUUUUUAACAAAGUCUUUGUAUAGAAUAAACAGCGUAUUUAUUGAAGUUAUUUAACUAUGCUAUGUACAUUUUAAAAGCUUGUUUUCUCUUUACAUUUUGUAUUAGUUAUAAUAUGACAGCAGUAAGUAUUUGUGCAUAUAUAUUUUUAUUUACUAUAUCUGCGCUGAAAUGGAAAAAGUUAUGGCAAUAGAAUACUAAAACUAUUUAAAGCUGUGUAUAGUAUGGAAUUUAAUUAUAAGGCAAAUAUUAUUCUUGUUAAUAAUUCUUAUAAUCAGAAUUGCUCACCUUUAGAAAAGAUGCCUUGGUUGCAAUACUUUUUAUUAGUUUAAUGGAUGGUACAUAGGCAGAAAUUUACUUUAUCUGUUCUUACAUUUUUUUGCUUGUACUUUAAAAUAAUUUUUGAAAUUUAUUUAAAUUCCUGAUAGUUACAUGAAAUAUAAAGAGGUUACAAUUAAAAAUUGGCAGAAUUAUAACAACUGUUGUAAAACUGGAAAUAGUAUUGGGUCUCUAUUUAGUAGAUCCUAUCAAAAAAGCCUCAAUUUAGAGAUAAGCCUUGCCCUUAUUUAACUAUAGAAAUAACAAUGCCACCAUGCUGGAAAGGUGGGAUGGAGAUUAGAAGUAAAAGAAAAUCCUGGGUUGGUUUUUUCCACUCUGUCUUUAAAAUAGUAAAAUUUCCCUCUGGUGAUGUUCUAGAGUAUUAUUACAGGGUUUCUGGUGUAAGGUUGUAUUGGGCGGAGGGAACACAACUGUUUUGUACCCUAAAAACCCCAUUUUUGUACAUACUUAGGUGCUGGAACUGAAUAUUUUGCUUCCUGCAAGUAUUCUUUGAAAAUGUUUUCCCUUUAUUUAUUCCAUGAAGCUUGGAGAAGAAGAAUUUGAUUUCAGAAGUUAAAAUUCAUAAUUUUUGAAAGAAUUUUCCAUCAGCCAGUAUCUGAUCUUGCUUCUGUCAAAUGAAAGACUAUCUGUCUGUUAGCACAUAAAUCUUACAACCUGGUAUGUAAAAAUUCUUGAUAGAGAGGUGGAGAGCAAACAUGAGAACUGAACAUGCAGCCCCAUGACUGAGGAUUGGGAUCAGAAGUAUUGACUCAACUGCCAUUCUACUGUAUUUAAAAUCUUUUGUUGUAUCAUAAUGAUAUUUCAUUAAUAUUUCACAAUUAAAAUAUAUUGAAUAUGUAGUAUAACUGCAUCAGCGUGUUGCACAUAAAUUGUGCCUUAACAUGGAAUCUUGGGCAAAUCUACUCCCUCUAAAUUACAGAGUGAGGGUUAAAAAUUAAUUCCUUACUAAAAUACAAAAAUUAAGUCAAAGGGCAUUUUUUAUAUUGGGGAUCCAUCAGGAAACAGUCAUUGUGAAUUACAUGAGGUUGCAUUUUCCUUGAAGUUGUUUGUACAGUGGUGAGUGAGGGGAAUAUGCAGAAAAGGUUGUAAUUGUGUCUGCUGUUACAGCUGUGGUUGCAACUGUCAACUGGUUCAUCAGUUUCAAAAAUAAUUUCAGAUUGUUUGCAAAUGUGUAGCUUCAUUGUCUAGUAUAUCAAGUCAAAUACAGAUAUCUCCCCCUUAAUAUUAAAGAAUACUUUGUCUUCAAAA